CACCCUCACACACCCACCCACCCCACCCCGGACGCCACCAUGGGCUGCACCAUGAGCGCCGAGGACAAGGCGGCGGUGGAGAGGAGCAAAAUGAUCGAUCGGAACCUGCGGGAGGACGGCGAGAAAUCGUCUCGGGAAGUCAAACUUCUGCUGCUGGGUGCUGGUGAAUCUGGGAAAAGUACAAUUGUGAAACAAAUGAAAAUUAUUCAUGAGGAUGGAUAUUCUGAGGAGGAAUGUAAACAGUAUAAAGCUGUGGUUUACAGCAAUACCAUUCAGUCCAUCAUUGCUAUAAUCAGGGCCAUGGGGCGGUUGAAGAUUGACUUUGGAGAUCCAACAAGAGCGGAUGAUGCACGCCAGUUAUUUGUACUUGCCGGGGCAGCAGAGGAAGGAAUCAUGACGUCAGAACUUGCAGGAGUCAUUAAACGGUUAUGGAAUGAUGGUGGGGUUCAGGCCUGUUUCAGUAGAUCCAGAGAAUAUCAGCUGAAUGAUUCUGCCUCCUAUUAUUUGAAUGAUCUGGAUAGAAUAUCCCAUCAGAGUUACAUUCCAACUCAACAAGAUGUCCUGCGAACCAGAGUCAAAACUACAGGCAUAGUGGAGACGCACUUCACCUUCAAGGAUUUAUACUUCAAGAUGUUUGAUGUGGGUGGACAGAGGUCAGAACGUAAAAAAUGGAUCCACUGCUUCGAAGGCGUGACUGCAAUAAUAUUCUGUGUUGCAUUGAGUGAUUACGAUCUGGUACUUGCUGAGGAUGAGGAAAUGAAUCGAAUGCAUGAGAGCAUGAAGCUUUUCGAUAGCAUCUGCAACAACAAGUGGUUUACCGACACGUCCAUUAUCCUGUUCCUGAACAAAAAGGAUCUGUUUGAAGAAAAGAUCAAGAGAAGUCCUUUGACCAUUUGUUACCCAGAAUAUACAGGAUCCAACACGUACGAGGAAGCUGCAGCUUAUAUCCAGUGCCAAUUUGAAGACCUGAACAGACGAAAAGAGACCAAGGAGAUUUACACCCACUUCACAUGUGCCACUGAUACCAAGAAUGUGCAGUUUGUGUUUGAUGCAGUGACGGAUGUCAUCAUCAAGAAUAACUUGAAGGAGUGUGGAUUGUACUAGGAUUGUCCAGAGGGAACAUUCAGGCUUUUGUUAACAGAAGGGAUCCUGCGGCAGAUCCUUUUGUUCCCUGAUUAAUGCUGGUCGUCGCGUGAGGCGGCAUGGUUGAAAAGGCGUGGCUGAAGUCGUUCGUGUGGGAGGCUGCAUGCACGAUACUUGUAUUCAUUACUAAAUAUGUAUUAUGAGCAUUUUUAAACUAGUUGCAUUGUAGGCUGAAAGCAGCAGGUACACACGAUGUACGUGUUGAAACUCAGCGUUGGUUCAAACAGUUUCCAACACACCUUUGAUUUUAUCUCGCGUUCCUCUUUUUGCCUUCUAAACGUUACGUAUCAAAUUAAGUUGAAUCCUACGCUGCCUUCGGUUUGGUUGACCAAAAUGUGAUGACAUCCGUAUGACCAUUUUUUUUGUUUUGCAAGAUAUUUCACUGCAUUUUCUUAAAGUGCACCUGUUAGGUAUUUUUAAACUUUCUAGCGUUAUGAAUUGUUGAAACUUGCUGCCGUAUUUAGUCACCGUCAUUCCAGUUGCCUAAGGGAUGUUUGUGCUGACAUGAAAUUCAGGGAUUAUGUUCAAUCUCAUAUUUCUUAUCAUGCAAGGAGAGUUUUUUAAAAUAAAAAUCCCACAUCGCUUAUACGAGGGGUAGAUUGGUGAACCCAGAAUCCAACCAGAAAAAGCAAGCCUACUAAUUUGUGUUGACUAACAAAUUCCAAGGUGAGCUCAGUUGUUCAGUGAAGUGUCCAAUUAUUGAUCAGUUAAAAUUCCCAGCCUACAGGGACCUGUAAACUUCUCAAUCUUGUGUUUAUCCCACAGUGAUGGUUUGAGAAGCUAAUUUAUCACUGGGACUUCACGUGCUGUCUGCUGUACAAUUUGUCAAGUUGCAAGAUGGACUGUGGCUAAAUUGUCAUUCUAGGAACGAUAGUGAUAGGAGAUUUCAAUGCAGCUUGAUCCAAUUCAAUGAAUCAUAUUCAGUGCCUGUAUUGGUAAAUGUAUAACGGGGCAGAACUUCCCCAUGGUUUACAAUGGGGAGGAAACUACUUCAUAAGAAAUUAAGUAUAAAAGAAUGGACCUCUCACUCUGGCCUUUACCUUAGCUCUUUCUCCAAGUGCUAUCUCAAUUAGUUGUAUCAGGCACAAAUCUACUAUGCUUUAAUACUUAAAAGAGUAUCUGUCCUGAUAUUUCCCACUCUGUUUCAGCAUUGAUUACUGUUAAAAGGUUGCUUUGCUUUCCACAUCAUUCACCAAUGAAGAGGUUCACAAUCACCGAGCCUUUUUAAGUCAAACUGAAAUGAACAGGAGAGUGCCUGAGCUCAGCUUGUCAGCGAUUUUUCACAAAUAUAAUCUUGUAAAUGUUGGUUGGGUAACUGGGAAAGCCAGUACUUCUGGGGAGUAUGAAAUUUGAGACUGAAUAGUAUUAAUACAGGUGUGCCAAAAGCAUGUUUUUAAAACGGGACCUAUGAAUUGCUGGUAUUAAUCAAACGGUUUUAAACAAAGUUUUGACAUAGUGCCAAGUUGUAAUUAAAAAGUGCCACGGGAUACAGGGAGUCAAAGAUGGAACUAAAAGCUUUUGAUGGCUGUUCCCCUUACUGUUUGUUCAUACAAAUUGUGGACUAAAAUGGCAGUAAAAUGUUUACAGCCUUUUUUUUGCUGGUUUACAGUGUAAGUGUAUUACUGCACCAGUGUUGGAGAAAUCUGCGCUGCUGCUGAGAAUUUGAACGAAUGUUUGUGCUGUAGUCUUAUGACUACAAAUAGAAUUUGGUGACACCAAAAGCAGUGCCGUGCUGUUUCCCACUCAUAGCUUUAACGGCUAACUUUCAUUUUCGCUGAUCUUUGUAUUCCGCGCAUUGACCAGUCCACUCUUUCGAGAUCUAUUUGUAAAAAUUGGGAGGAGGCGUUCAGCUUCUGUUCGUUGAUCAGGUAGAGAUUCCUCCCACUCCUAAGUGUUUCAGUCAACAUUGAAUCGCGCUCUCCCUUCCUCCUGUUAAACAGCCAGUUGUCAUGGCUAAAGACCUGACACCAUGUCACCCGUUCUAUUGCACCUGAGAAGCCACCUGGGAUCUAAAGAUGAAGAAAACUAGGAGUAUUAACGGCUUUUAAUGGUAUAGAAUUUCCCCACCUCGUCAGUUGGUAAUUCUGCCAGUACUGUCCUGUACAUCAUGUCCAUUUAUUUGAUGGGGCUCAUUGGUGAUGCCUCAGCAUGUUUCAACAUUGAUGACUACUGCAAAGUUGUUGGGCAUUUGGAUAGCUUUACCUUUCUGGCAAUGAACUGUGAUAUUUUCUAAUGGGUCUUCUAAUCAUCUAAUCUUCUAAUGCCAACAUCAUGUUUUUUUAAACUGUAAAUGUCUUUUUUUGAACUGUUACCAUAAUAUGCCUGAGUAUUUUGUAAAUGUGCCAAAUUCCCGUUCUGCCAUGUUAUUUUUUUUCCCCCCCUUUGAAUAAAGUGUAGCUCUUUAAUAUAGUGAAUACAUUCCUCUGCUGGAAUUGUUGCUUUGUGGGUUUAGACUUUUGGUCUUGAUUGUAUCCGCUGCCUUUGUUACUGUAGUGGCAGUUCUAAAUAAUAAAAUGCAAACUUUUUUUGAGUUUAA